GCAGAUGUGCAGACCUACAGAAGCAGUUUGAUCAUUACAGAAGGUGACUUCCCAGGAUGCCGCAGCGUUGUUGUGCCAGCCACAUGUUUCUGCUCUUAUGUGCUCUUUCCUUGUGUGUCGAGUCUGUAAGAGGCGGCACCAGCUUCCUCAGUCCUGCUCAGAAACCACAGGGUCGAAGGCCACCACGGGUGGGCAGAAGAGAUGCUGCAGAGCCAGAGAUCCCAGUGAUUAAAGAGAAUGAUCAGUUUAUGGCGAGUACUCCAUUCGAACUGUCUCUGAGUGAAGCAGAGUAUGAGAAAUACGGUCCUGUGCUGCAGAAGAUUCUGGUGAAUCUUCUUAGUGAUUUCCCACUUGAAUUCUGACUAGAGCUACCAGUUCUACAAGAUUCAACUCCUUAAAAACCAAUAAAAAUGUUUGUAAAUUAAAAUUACGUAAUCAUUUUCCAACACCUUGAUUUGACAAAAUAAAGGAUG